CAAGAGUGCAUAAAACUCCAGUCCUGCCUUUGGGAGAUAAUGAGACCAGAACCCAGGCUCUUUCAACUGGCUUCCAACAGUCUAACAGAGUGCUUCUUGGCAACCAGAUUUGACCAUGGCUGGGUGGAGCUGCCUUGUGACAGGUGCAGGAGGGUUUCUGGGUCAAAGGAUCGUUCGCUUGUUGGUGGAGGAGAAGGAGCUGCAGGAGAUCCGGGCACUGGACAAAGUCUUCAGACCGGAACAGCGGGAGGAAUUUUCUAAGCUCCAGAGCAAGACCAAGGUGAUCAUGGUGGAAGGAGACAUUCUGGAUGAGCAGUGCCUGAAGAGAGCCUGCCAGGGCACUUCAGUUGUCAUUCACACCGCUUCUGUCAUUGACGUCAUGAAUGUCAUUCACCGAGAGACCAUCAUGAAUGUCAAUCUGAAGGGUAUUAACCACCAGAGGGCACACUUCCCCUUCCGGUUCUCCACCAAGCUCAACACAGAAGGCCAGUGCCAGGCUCCAGAAUACUAA